CGUAUGCGCAAGAAUCUUACCCGUCACACACUGAUUCAUCACUCUAGUUCCACAUUGAUCACGGUUUCUGUAAGUUUUGACGUAUCUGUCAAAUCUAUGCGUUUACGUCGUCUUACAGUUAAAGUGCAAAAUGUUUGGCAAGAAGAAAGAAGGGCGGCGUAGAGAAAUUGGCGGCCUAGAACAGUAUGGCAUCUUUGAAGUACCUGAUAUAAAUAUAGACGACAUUGGCAGUAAUAUGAUGGAAGAUGAUGCCAAUAAUGAGGAAUUAGAAGCUGAAUUAGCUGCGUUAGCAGCUGGCAAUGAUACAGGCUACAAACACAGACGCAGUGCUGCACGUAAAGCUGCAGGUAAAGAUAUAAAUUUAGAUGAAAUGGUAGCUGAUUGUAUGAAAGACACACAUAGUGAUGAGGAGCUAUCCGAAGGAGAUGAUGAUCCUGCAUUAUUAAAAGAAUUGCAAGGACUCACAGGCGAUGAUGCGACGGAAGAAGUGCAAGAGUUGAAAGUAACAGAGGAAGAACAAGAAGAACCCAGCAAUCUGGAACCUAAGGAGGAAAGUAAUUCUACUCAAGAACUGAUAAAAUUAUUACAAGAAAGACUGACAAUUUAUGAAAUGGCUGAACAAAAAGCAAGGAAUGAAAAGGAAUCUGGUAGAGCCAGAAGAUAUAAUAGAGGUGUAAAGACUCUUAAAGAAAUGAUAACUUCUGUACAGUCGGGUAGAGAUAUAAACAAAGAAGAAAUUCCUCCAGUCUUGCCUUCUUCUGCUAUUACAGAGUCUACAAUUAAAAAUAUAGCAGAAGAAACACCAGAUGAAGUUGCAGCACCAACUGAAAUCAACGAACCACCUGUUGUUCCCGGUGAUAGUUCUGAAGCGGUAGCUGAUGUUGAUCAGGAAGCUUUAGAUAAAUUAAAAACACAACAGCAAAAGUAUAAGAUCGCAGCAGUUGCCUGGAAGAGGACGGGUAACAAGGAACAAGCAAUAGAGUAUGCAAAAAUUGCCAAACAAUUCGAUAUAGUUAUAGCUGCAGUUGCUGCAGGUGAAAAGCUCGAUCUAUCAGAUAUGCCGCCUACUCCAACUUUACCUUCUUCAACGGAUACUGCGACGUCAGCGGAGAAAGAAGAAAGCGAAGCUCAACAGCAAGCUUCCACGGAUGCACCACCUAUAGUUGAUUCAACCGAAGCAAAGAUUGGUCUCGAGGAUAUCGGAGGUGCUCUCAAAGAACGCCUUGAAGUAUACAGAAGAACGAAAGUAGCUGCAGAAGCUGAAGGUAAUAUUUCAAAAGCGCGUAGAUACGGUAGGAUCUGCAAACAGUUCGAGGAUGCUGUCAAGUUGCACGCUCGUGGAAAACCAGUGCCUUUGGAUGAGUUACCCGUUCCACCUGGUUUUCCACCGUUGUCGUCCAAUCCGCCAAGUAACAAUGUCGCUGCGCCAUCGCCAGCUGAACCUGUGGCACCUGAAAGUGAUUCUGUAACGAGGCCUGCGCAACCGAAAGUGGCACCGAAACCACCUCCUCGAACAGGACAGAAACCAAAUCAACGAAUUACAUCGCGCGCGGAAAAGCAAAUGAUCCAGUUGCAAUUACGGCAGCGUGAAUUGAAACAAGCUGCUCUAAAUGCCAAGAAGGAUGGGGAUAUGGACUUGGCACGUGAUUACCUCAGGCAAGCGAAGGGAAUACAGCCUUUAAUAGAAGCCAGCAAAGCUGGCUUACCUGUUGAUAUGAAUUCGAUUCCAUUGUCGCCUCUUGAAAAAGUAGAACUCAGUAUAUCUCAAAAAGAUGACAAUUUUACAUUGGUGUCUGCUGAGGAUUUAAUAGAAGAUCCUAAUGGCACGGACAAUCAAAUUUAUGAAAAUCUUGAAGCCCAAUUGAUUAAACAGAUUAAGUGGUGCUUAUCUACACGCGAUCACUCAAAGGCAUUAGGAGACGUGCCUGGAUACAACAAGUGGGAACGGCUCGCACUCAGCUAUACCCGAGAUUUAGAUAUGUUGAGAGUUCGAAAACGCAAUUCACUGCCGCCACCACAACACCAUUAUCAAACCAAAACGUAUCAAAUAGUACAGAGUUGCACGGAUCUGAAUGAUAGCGACAUUGAGAUUUCUAUUAUUAGAGGAAUCAAUUAUCCUCGAGAGGCAGAUACGUACGUUAUAUUUGAGUUUCCAUUUCCAACAGACAGCCAUCCUACGGAUAGAACGUCAACGAUUAGAGCUUCCACUAAUCCCGAGUAUCAGGCGGUAUUUCCUUUAAAUGGGAUUAUAAACCGCACUUCUAGACCUUGCCAGAGAGUAUUCAAACGACAUGCCCUAAAAUGUGAAGUUUGGGCAAAAGGAUGCUCACUGAAUCCCAUCCUGUGUUGCACUCAUCCCAGAGGUUUCUUCCGAAGCGACAGUCUACUUGGUACGGUGAUGGUUAAAUUGCAACCUCUAGAGAACCAGUGUACCCUGCAUGAUUCUUUCCCGCUUAUGGACGGCAGGAAGGCAACAGGAGGAAAAUUGGAGUUGAAGAUUCGUCUGAGGAAUCCAGUCCUUUUCAAACAAAUAGAAAAUAUAACGGAUAAAUGGUUAACUAUUGGAGAAUAAUUCCAUUCGUCUAAUCAUCAGUAUAUCCAUCAUUUUGCAUUAAUUGUACGCAGCUUGUGAGAAUGAAAGGUUUAAAGAAAAAUAUUGAAAUAUAUAACAAUUAUGUAC